GAAUCAUUUGGACCGUGUCAAUUUUUAUAAUAUUUGUAGAAAAAUUGCUCUUGUGAAAACAGAAGUGUUAAAACAUUUCAAGAACAUUAGAGAGUUUACAUUUGUGUUGUAGAAAAUAUAACCUGCUGGUGAGCCUCAUUUGACCACUGACCUAAUUAUACAACAUUUGUAAAACAAGUGUUUUACUAAAUAAUUUUAAGGAGUUUUGGCCACCAUCAGAUCAGUUCUGUGCUGAAUAAGGACUGAGAAUUUGAUGUGAAUUUAUUUUGAUAUAGUUGUCAAUAAUGGGCAAUUGUAAAUAAAUUUGUAAUGGAAACAAGCAUUCAGUUCGUUUUAUACUGUCCGUCAAGGCCAAUCAGCUGCUUCUAAUCAUCUCAGCUUAAACCUGUAAAGCGCCACUAAACUGCCGUCAGCUGAUGAUCGCGCUCUCACGCGGUAAGAGUCAUCGCUGUGAUGUGUUGUGUGAAUAGCAUCAACCCGAGCGCACUUCCCGCAGCUGGUGCAGCGGCGGCUGUGACAGCAGCGGAGGACCCGACCAUCUGAGGCUCGGUGGGGGUAGCCGGCUAAGCUGCUUACAGCCCGGUCAGCGGGCCCGCGGAAGAAUGACCGGCUUCGCGUCCGCAGAUGAACAUGGCGUGUGAGAAGAGGCGUCGUCUGGUGCUGCUGACAACGACAUAACGCGAUCAGACCUCCUGAAGGAAUGUUCACCCUCACAGAGGUAGCCUCUCUGAACGACAUCCAGCCGACGUAUCGGAUACUUAAGCCUUGGUGGGAUGUCUUCAUGGAUUAUCUUGGUAUAGUCAUGCUGAUGUUGGCCAUAUUCUCUGGAACCAUGCAGUUAACUAAAGACCAAGUGGUUUGUCUUCCGAUCCUGGAACAGACUCAGGAGGGGCCUGGGAGGUUUUUGGAUGCCCGGCCACCAGAGACGGCUGAUGUUUUCUGGAAUAAAGAGAACGCUAUCGGGGAGCAGGCCGCUCCGCUGAGGGCAAAGCGGCCUCCUGAUAGAAUUGCACCUACAGUUCAUGCCACACAGCCAGCCUCGUUUGGGCAGCCCCAGCCUACGGGCGUCAGGACCAAGCUGGAUUUUCAGCAGUAUGUUUUUGUCAACCAGAUGUGCUACCAUGUUGCCCUGCCUUGGUAUUCAAAGUAUUUCCCUUACCUCGCUUUAAUCCACACCAUUGUUUUGAUGGUCAGUAGCAAUUUCUGGUUCAAGUACCCAAAGACGAGUUCCAAAAUAGAACAUUUUGUUUCCAUUCUCGGGAAAUGUUUCGAGUCGCCCUGGACUACUAAAGCGCUGUCUGAGACGGCGUGUGAGGACUCGGAGGAGAACAAGCAGAGAAUCGCCGGUGCCUCCACCCUCCUGAAACAUCUGUCCACGAGCAGCGAGGAGGGUAGUCCCAACCAGCCGGUCCCAGCACUGACUAAGUCGGGGGUUGCGUUUUCUGCCGAAAAGCUGGUUAGUGAAAUUCCCUCCAUGACCAUUCUGGACAAGAAGGAUGGUGAACAAGCAAAGGCGUUGUUCGAAAAAGUCCGUAAGUUCCGAGCCCACGUGGAGGACAGCGACUUGAUUUACAGGCUGUAUGCCAUCCAGACAGUCAUCAAAACAGUCAAGUUCCUUCUGAUCUUGUGCUACACCAUGACUUUUGUUGCCUCUAUAGAUUUUGACCAUGUGUGUGAGCCUGAAAUAAAGCAUUUGACUGGGUACACUAAGUUUCACUGCACGCAUAAUAUGGCCUUCAUGUUAAAGAAGCUCCUUGUUUGCUAUAUAGCUCUCAUAUGUGUCUAUGGCGUCAUCUGCAUUUACACGCUGUUCUGGCUUUUUCGACGCCCACUCAAGGAGUAUUCCUUUGAAAAGGUCAGAGAGGAGAGCAGCUUCAGUGACAUCCCUGAUGUCAAGAAUGACUUCGCAUUCCUCUUCCACAUGGUUGACCAGUACGAUCAGCUGUAUUCAAAGCGUUUUGGCGUUUUCUUGUCAGAGGUCAGUGAAAACAAACUUAGAGAAAUCAGUCUGAACCAUGAGUGGACCUUUGAGAAAUUGCGGCAGCACGUGACGCGCAGUCCUCAAGACAAAUUGGAGCUUCAUCUUUUCAUGCUCUCUGGUGUGCCAGACGCCGUGUUCGAGCUAACUGAUUUGGAAAUCCUCACUCUUGAACUAAUCCCGGAGGCGAGGAUAACCGCUAAGGUCUCACAAAUGCUAAACCUCCAGGAGCUGCAUCUCUAUCACUGUCCAGCCAAAGUGGAGCAGACUGCUUUCAUUUUUCUUCGCGAUCACCUCCGGUGCCUUCAUGUCAAGUUCACAGAUGUUGCUGAGAUACCAAACUGGGUGUACAUGUUGAAAAACUUAAGGGAACUUUACUUAGUUGGUAACCUGAACUCCGAAAACAAUAAAAUGAUUGGACUCGAGUCUCUGCGAGACCUCAGACACUUGAAGACUUUGCAACUGAAAAGCAACCUCACAAAGAUACCGACAAACAUAACUGACUUGUCCCCGCAUCUGCUCAAGCUGGUCAUUCAUAACGAUGGUACAAAACUUCUAGUGCUAAACAGUUUGAAGAAAAUGUUGAAUCUCACCGAGCUGGAGCUUCUCAACUGCGAGCUGGAGCGAAUUCCCCACGCCAUUUUCAGUUUGAACAACCUUCAGGAGCUCGAUCUCAAAUCGAACAACAUUCGUACCAUUGAGGAGGUCAUUAGCUUUCAGCACCUUAAGAGGCUAACGUGCCUCAAACUUUGGCACAACAAGAUCAUUGCAAUUCCCUUGUCGAUCAGCCACGUAAAGAACCUCGAGUUGCUCUAUCUCUCGCACAACAAGCUGGAAACGUUGCCCUUACCGUUAUUCACGCUUCUCAAGCUGAGGUAUCUUGACGUGAGCCAUAACUCCAUAGUGUCUAUACCGCUGGAGAUUGGCUUCCUGCAGAACCUCCAACAUUUUGCCAUUGCAAGCAACAAAGUAGAGGUCGUCCCGAAGCAACUGUUCAAGUGCACUAAGCUGAGGACGCUGUGUCUCGGCCACAACUGCAUCUCGUCCAUUCCAGAGAAAAUUGGCCAGCUUUCCCAGCUCGCUCAUCUAGAACUGAAGGGAAACUGUCUGGAUCGUCUGCCGGCCCAGCUCGGUCAGUGCUGCCUCCUCCGCAGGAGCUGCCUGAUCGUGGAGGAUCACCUUUUCGACUCGCUCCCCAUAGAGAUCAAAGAACGCAUCAAUCAGGAAUCUAGUGUUUCUCUUGCAAAUGGGUGCAAGUGUCUGAGUGAUGGCCGGUAGUUAAGUCUGUAAAAACACUGGGCGUGUCGCCUUGCUCUAUUAAACCAGUAGUUUAGGAUGCAGCAUCGGUAGAUUUUAUAAUGUUUUAGAAGCUUGAACAGCAAGUACAGUAACAGAGCACACACUGGAGAAAAUAGAUGUCUGAUCACUGAUUAAGCCUUUUAUUUUAAUAAUAUAUGUAAGUGCACAGUAGCAGUUAAAUCACAAAGCUUAUAUCUUUUUGUAUACACAAAUAUUUACAGGACAUCAAGAGAAAGAAAAUUUCUAUCAUCUUUGAAGGAAGCCUCGUUUUACGCCAGAUUUCAUUUUAACUAUAUAAACUUUACUGACCUCUUAAAGUUUCGGUUUGUAUAUAUUAGAGAAAUAGCUGAUCUUUCUGUUCCGGUGCCCAGAUAUGCAGCUAAUACAGACUUUAAUGGGCCAGGUGUUGUUUUUAGAUUUUCUGCCUCACAGCAAUAUGCUAUAUUUCUAACAAAAGUAUUAAAUGUUUUCCAGAAACACUCUUUGAUCUCACUGUUAAAGGUUUUUAUUAGCGGUACUAAUAAAAACCUUGUAAACCUGCCAUGGAAUAGAUGAAUUAUCAAGUCUAAGUCUAAAGUAAAAUGACUAUAACCCCACCAGCAAACCUACAUCCCACUAACACUAAGUCAGACAAUAUGUUUUUUCUGAAGUUUAAAAUGCAUUCAUAUAGGUCAACUGUUGUUACUCAGUUAUCAGGCCAUAUCCCUCCACUGGAUUCUAACCCUGGGGCAGUAGAAUGACGCUUGCAAACAAGCAACAACUGGUCCAUUUCCAUUACCAGCAACGUCUGAAAACCACUGGUGUACUGAUAUCAUGCAUUCCAGCUUAGUCUUCAGUUAUUAUUUAUUUUUGAUACAUUUAUGUACAAAGGAGUAUACAAUAGAUUGUUUUGAUGUCAGGUUUUAUUCCAAUAACCCUUUAUUUAUGUACUUUGUGUCAAUUAUGUCAUUGUCUGCAUUGUUCUUCUUUCUGCACAGCACUUUGUAAACCUGGUUCAAAAUGUGGGAUACUUACAUUCUUUAUACUGUUAUUGUUAUCCCUUAAAGAAUUAAAUGAAAACAAAGAAUAAAAAGAAAAUAAUCCUAAAAACAUUUUGCUGUUUUACUCUGUUAAGUCUGGGACAUGGGAAAUUAAAGCCUUUAACUGGAUAAUCA